GAGCUGGUGGAAAAAAUGAAGAUGAAUCCUUACUUGAUCCUGAAGUUGACCCUGAGGGACGUCCUGAGCAUUGGUUUAGAUAUUGUGCUCGGCAAGCCACCAAAAACUGUAGAGGAUCUUCCCUGGAAUUACUUAAGGAAGCUGAUGGCCUUAAACAGGACUGCGAGAGACAUUUUACUUGAGAUAAAUCCUUCUACUGAUGAUAAUGAUGACAAUUUUAAUGCUUCCUCAUUUCAAGAUAAACUUCAUUUGUCCUCUUCCAUUCACCCCCUGGAUGUCCUGUGCGUCCUCCUGCAUUGUUCAGACAGUUUUCUGCAACAAGAGAUUGUAACCAAAAUGGCCAUGUGUCAGUUUGCUGUCCCUCUGCUGCUCCCGGCUGGUGAUGGGUCACACUGCACCCUCAUGCUGGGGGCAAUGAGGAAUAUUGUGAAGAAGUGGAGACCUCAGUCACUAGCUGACAGUAAAGGGUUCAGAGAAGAAAAUGUGGUCAAUGUAUCUAUGCCGAUCUUCUCUUUUGUCCGGCUGGGGAAAAACAAAUUAUCCAAAUCUAAAAUACUGAACAAAAUUCUUAACCCAGCCCAGCAACAGAACAACUUCUUCAUACAUGACAAUAUGGAGGGAGGAAACAUUAAGAGACAAAUAUCUGAUGGACUGGUGGAAAUGUCCUGGUAUUUUCCUUGUGGUAAGUCUGAUGUUUUCCCAGAACCCAUCGCAGUGACCAACCUACGAGGAGACCUGGAGACCAACUGGCACCAGUUCAUGUUUCUGACUCGAGUCUCAUCAGCUGUAUUUAUAUUAAUUGAGAAUAUUUUUGGGGAGGAAUCCAAACUCUUAUCAAGCUGCCCUACUAAUGACACCCAAUAUUACUUCAUUGUUACUCCAGGUCCAGGCAAAAAUGUGAGUACACAGACACUGAAGACUCUUGAAGACUUAAGUCCAGUAUUAAAUAUAAAAAACUCAAAUGUUAUAGUAUAUGGAGGCACAGCAAAUGAAGCAACAUUUGUAAACAAGCUACAAAAUAGCAUUAUUAGUUUGGUAAACAAUGUUGCAAAAAACAUAACAAUAUCAGAUCUGGAGAAUGAAGCAGAAAAAGUGCAAAUCCAUGUAGAUGAGAAAAAUCCUGAAUGUCAGAAAGCCAGGAAACUGGUUAUCAAAAUAACAGCUGAAAUAAAAGAUGUGGCUGAGUACAAACAGAAAACAAUGGUGUUACAGGGAGAACUGUGGGAAGAGGUAUCCAGUGUAGACAAAGAACUUUGCAGAAUGCCAAACCAGGGAGGAAAAGAUGCACAAGAAUAUCAAGAUGAACUGAGAAAAAGAAGAUCUACUCUACAUGAGAAACAAAAUAAGUGUGAUCUGCCUCAUGGAAUAAUACUUUUUAUGAAUGCAAUUGCUCAUUUGUCUAAGACUGAGAAACACUUUUUCCUGAAUCAGUUAAAAUUGGAACUUGAUUCAAUGGCUGGAAAACAUCUUUCUACAUUACAAGCUGUGUACAAAGAAAGAUGUAACAAUAAGUCAAUUAACAAAGAAGAGCUUAAAAAGAUAGACCAAGAAAUCUCCAACAGUUCAUUAGGAAUUGAACAUUUCCUUCGUGAGAUGGGGCAGUUUUAUGAAGCUGAAUGUUCCAUGGAUAAAGAAAAUAAAUUAGGUUAUAUGAAAAAAAUGUUUACUGAACUGCCAGGAAUUGCUGCUGAUCUCUUGUUAGACGGGUUCCCAUUGGAGCUGAUAGAUGGAGAUGCCUCCAACAUCCCCUUACAGUGGAUAACUGAUGUCCUGAGUGAGCUGGACAGCAAAACAGGGAGAAAAUGCAGAAUGAGAGUGAUAACUGUGCUGGGAGUGCAGGGUACGGGGAAGUCCACUCUUCUCAACAUUAUGUUUGGCAUACAGUUGACGGGGGCCAGUGGAAGAUGUACACGAGGAGCCUUCAUGAUUCUUCUUAAUGUAAAAGAGAACUUCCAGGAGGAACUAGGGUGUCAGUUCAUCCUGUUCAUUGACACUGAGGGGUUGAAAGCUCCAGAGUUGGCCUCUCUGGAAGGAAGCUAUGAACAUGACAAUGAACUCGCCACACUAGUGGUCGGGUUGAGCGAUAUCACCAUCAUCAAUAUGGCCAUGGAGAACACCACACAAAUUAAGGAUACUUUACAGAUUGUGGUCCAUGCUUUUCUGAGAAUGAAUGAAAUAAAAAAGAGACCCAACUGCCAGUUUGUACACCAGAAUGUGAGUGAUGUGUCCGCUCAUGAAAAGAACAUGAGAGAUCGGAAGAAACUUCUGGAACAACUGGAUGAAAUGACAAAAGUAGCUGCUGGAAUGGAAAAUAGUGAAAUUAAAACUUUCAGUGAUGUGAUGAACUACAACCUGGAGACAGACAAUUGGUACAUUCCUGGACUCUGGCUUGGUGACCCUCCAAUGGCUCCUGUAAAUUCUGGGUACAGUGAACAUGUGUCAAAAUGUAAAAAGUAUUUAUUAGAAUUAAUGAAAACCAAGAAAUCACUGGACAAGCCUUUAACGAUACGGGGAUUUAUUGAAUGGAUUAAAAGUUUAUGGAAUGCUGUCAAACAUGAGACAAUCAUCUUCAGUUUCAGGAACAGUUUAGUGGCAGACACUUAUAAUAAACUGUGUAUACAAUACUCACAAUGGGAAUGGGAGUUCCAAAAAGCUGUAUAUGAAUGGCAGAUCCAUACAGAGACAAACAUUAAGAAUCAGACUACAGAAAGUCUAAAUGAUGAAUUGUGCUCAAAAUUUAAGGAUGAGCUCAACAGAUUGCUACUUAAAGGAAAAACUGAAAUGGUGAAAUUACUAGAAAACUAUUUUAACAAUAAAAAUGUUCAUCUUAUAAUACGAUACAAACAGGAGUUCGCUUUAGGAAUAGAGCUCCUGAGGAAAGAAUUGGAAAGAAAUGCUCUUAGCAAGUUUGAUGAAGCUGUCUCUGUUCAGAAAGGGAAAUUCAAGACUGAGAAAAUCAAGAGCUUUUCCCAGAAACUAAUAGAAGAAAAAAUCACAGAUCUGCUUGGAAAGUGCAGAGAGAAGAACCAGAAACUAAAUCAAUCAGAGUUCCGGGAAAAUUUUGAGGAGAUGUGGGAGAAGACACUGACGGGUCUAGAGAUAACAAGACGCAUAGUUAGUAAACCAAUGCUGAUGCAACUGAUGAAUGACAUGAGUAAUAGAGAAUCAGGUAUAAGUAAAGCCUUACUACGUGUACACAACUUAGAAGAGAACAUACAAAAAUAUUUCAAAUUAGAUAAAAAACAUAUUCAGAAUGGGAAUCUAGACCCAGUCAUUCAAGUGUUAGGCAUUGAAAGCACGGGCAUGUAUGGUAAAAUGGUAAAUGUUGCUUUUUCUGUGUUAAAUAAGUGUGAAACAUUUGUCAGAGAGAAGGUCAAAACUGAACAAGAUUAUGAUGACACCUACUGCCGGGAAAUACUCCACAUGAUCAAUACAGAGCUCAGUAAAGAGUUAAAAGAUCUUAACUUCUCCUCAGAUUUUGAAUUGGAUAUCAAGCUUUACAUUCUUGGAAAUGCAUCCCGAGAAUUUCAGGCAAUGCAUGACAAGUUUAGAGACACCAAUGAUCCAAAACUUUCUCUGGAAAGACUAAAGCCGGGAUAUUUACAAACUUUUAUCAGUACAUUUCAAGUGAAAGAUAUACGUCAGACUAAGGCCAAAGAAUUUUGUGAGCGAUGCCUAAAACCAGCCAUGAAAGAAUAUGUCUUCAAGCAUCUUGGAAAUAAAAUAGUAGAUGAGAUAUUACACGGCUCAGACAACAAGAAAUUCCGCAGCAGAACCUUCUUUCAGAGUUUUUUGCUGAAAGAUCUGCUGGAAGAAGAGUCAUUCCAGAAAUAUGUUGCAUUCAUUGGCUCAUAUGAGGAAUAUACAAGGGACUGGAUACAGAACUACAUUGAAGAGAAAUAUGGAAAUCCACAAUGCCUGAAACCCUUAGAAGAAAAUAUUAUCUCUUCAGUGACUACAAAAGUAAAAGCAGCUCUUAAAGGAGACAAAUGUCUCAGAAGUUCUUCUGUCUCAGAGUUCCUGAAACGUGUGUGUGAGUUCCUACAAAAUGAAUUGGUGAUUCCACAGGAUGAGUUGAAUUUGAUAACUUUUCAGAACACGGCUGAUGUUGUUCAGUUUUCAUCUGACAUUUUGUUUUUCCUCAAGGACACAGAAUCAGGAAUCUUAUCAGAGCUGCAAUCUAUGGAUAUAAAGUCUGUACUCUCCAGGGUGACAAUGAAGCCUCAGGAUGAAUUGUUCAGGAAGGUUGUUGGCUGUGGGAAGCAAUGUCCAUUCUGUAAGGUGCCCUGUGAGGCCGGAGGUGGUGAGCACAAGGAGCACUUUGCUACUAUCCAUAGACCCCAUGGACUGGGGGGAUACAGAUGGGAGUUUAGUGGAGAAUUAAUCACUGAUAUAUGCUCAUCAGCUGUUAUAUCUGAUACUAGCUUUAGAAAUGCAAAAACAGAUAUUCUUGGGCACCCAUACAAAAACUAUCGUGAGAUUUAUCCAGACUGGUCUAUUCAGCCAGAUGCACACAGCAAGUCCUCUGAAUACUGGAAAUAUAUUUUUGGGAAGUUUAAUGAGAAGUUUGCUGAGGAAUACAAAGCUAAACCAGCAAAACUGCCGGAUGGCUGGAGGAAGAUCACAAAGAAAGAUGUUUUGGACAGCUUAGCCCGCGUGUUCAAUGAAAAUCCAUAG